GUGGAGCGGCCGGUGAGCUGUGGGGCGCAUGGCGGGCGCAGGCGACGAGCGGACGCCGCUGCUGGGUGCGCGGCGGGCGGCGUUCGAGGGCCGGCGCGCGGCGUGCGCGGCCGUGCUGCUGACGGAGCUGCUGGAGCGCGCCGCCUUCUACGGCGUCACGGCCAACCUGGUGCUGUUCCUCAACGGCACGGCGUUCGGCUGGGAGGGCGCGCAGGCCAGCCAGGCGCUGCUGCUCUUCAUGGGCCUCACCUACCUGGUGUCGCCGUUCGGGGGCUGGCUCGCCGACGCGCGACUCGGCCGGGCGCGCGCCAUCCUGCUCAGCCUGGCGCUCUACUUACUCGGCAUGCUGGCCUUCCCGCUGCUGGCCGCGCCUGCCACUCGCACGGCGCUCUGCGGGGCCCUCCGCCCCACGCGCCUCCGCAACUGCUCGGCGCAGCCGUGUGCCGACGCGCCUGACCGCUACUGCGCGCCCGCCGCGCUGUCAGCGCUCGCGCUCGUGGGCCUGGGCGUGGGCGCCGUCAAGGCCAACAUCACGCCCUUCGGCGCCGACCAGGUUAAAGAUCGCGGUCCAGAAGCCACGAGAAGAUUUUUUAAUUGGUUUUAUUGGAGCAUUAAUCUGGGAGCAAUCGUUUCUCUGGGGGGCAUUGCCUACAUUCAGCAGAACGUGAGCUUUGUCACCGGCUACACCAUCCCCGCUGUCUGCAUCGGAGUGGCUUUCGUGGCCUUCCUCUGCGGCCAGACCUUCUUCAUCACCAAGCCGCCCGAUGGCAGCGCCUUCACUGACGUGUUCAGGAUCCUGGUGUAUUCGUGCUGCCCCCAGAAGCAAAUCAGGGAACGCAGUCCUAGUGGUGAAGGCAUUGGAGUCUUUCAGCAAUCUUCUAAACACAGUCUGUUUGAUUCAUGUAAGAUGUCUCAUGGAGGGCCAUUCCCGGAAGAUAAAGUGGAAGAUGUGAAAGCCCUUGUCAAGAUUGUCCCCGUUUUCUUGGCUUUGAUACCUUACUGGACAGUGUAUUUUCAAAUGCAGACGACGUAUGUUUUACAAAGUCUUCAUUUGAAGAUUCCAGAAAUUUCCAGUAUUACAACCAAUCCUCAUACGUUUCCGGCAGCCUGGCUAACCAUGUUCGAUGCUGUGCUCAUCCUCCUGUUAAUUCCCUUGAAAGAUAAACUGGUGGAUCCCAUCUUGAGAAGAAACGGGCUGCUCCCAUCGUCCUUGAAAAGGAUCGCGGUGGGCAUGUUCUUUGUGAUGUGCUCGGCCUUCGCAGCAGGGAUUUUGGAAAGCAAACGGCUGGACCUCGUGAAGGAGAAGACCAUUAACCAGACCAUUGGAAAUGUCGUUUACUAUGCUGCGGAUUUGCCAAUCUGGUGGCAGGUCCCUCAGUACGUGCUGAUUGGCGUCAGUGAAAUAUUUGCGAGCAUCGCAGGCCUGGAAUUCGCGUACUCGGCCGCCCCCAAGUCCAUGCAGAGUGCCAUCAUGGGCUUGUUUUUCUUCUUCUCUGGCGUCGGGUCCUUCGUGGGCUCAGGACUGUUGGCACUGGUGUCCCUCAAGGCCAUCGGGUGGAUGAGCAGCCACACGGACUUCGCCAAAGGAACCACAAUCCCACUGGAACUUCAAACAACAACAAAUGCAAAAAUAAUCAGAAUAAAAGUACACCUUUACCCCAGACGAGAGAUCAACACAGUUUUCCAUUCAAUGUCCAGGCUCUCCUCCUCCUUCGAUGUGAAUUGGACGUUCACUGGGGGGAGGGGGGGAAACAGCAUCUGCAUCACCCUGGAACACGUCAGGACGCUCAUUUUCUCCUGGUGACCCCGAGCAUGCUCACAUCUGAGAACUGCUGAUGGAGAUGACAGUGGAUGGGUGACCGGAAGUUUCCCUUGUUAGGAAUGACUGUGGAUCAGCCCAGAAACCAAGAGGCAAACAAGCCGACAGUGUAUAGUUUUCCUUCUAGACCAGCAGACGGUUUAUUUCUUUAACAAGUCGUACAUUUGGCGGGGAGAAGAAAUAAUAGGAGUUCAGUGAAAUAAGAGACAGCCCACAAGAUACUGACUUGUCAAGCCAUGGAAAAUGUUUUAAUGACAAUUGGCAUCACAGGUAUAAAUAAAUAGCUCCUUUUCCCGUCUCUAAUAUGUGCUAGAAAUAUCUUUUUAAAAGGUCCAGCUAAGGUUAUUGAGGCUUCGAGGACCCUUUCUUAGCUAUCGAUUUUAGUAAUUAAAAAAAUAAACACAGGAAGCAUUCCUCCCGGUAUCUGCGGGCGCCGCCCCACGGAGAGCAUCACGUGACAGCCGGGCGGCUUCGUCCCCAGCAGCUGCGGACAGAACGGAGUAUUGGGGUUUGUGCCCCUACCUCGUGGUCUCCUCUGCCUCGUACACUUCACUUUGGAUGAGUGCAUUUUGCAAUGGGCUGCUACACGACUAGGCUGGUACCAAAAAGCACAGCUGGUUGACAAUCUAACGUAGAUUUUCGUGCUUUCCGUUUAUGCUGGUAUACCCCGCCUAACGAAGUAAGAAAAACAACGGAAAAACCCUCAGUUUUUUUUAUCCUUGUUCAUUUGGUAAUAGCAGCAUGUCUCGGGAUAGAUCUACCCUGUGCGGCUCGUGCUCGUUACUCUUGGGUCUGGUUUCUCUCCUGUGGAUCGGACCUCCUCUUCCCCUGGGAGAAGCAUCCGCACGACACCAGUGAUGGAGUCCUGGAGGGGUCAGGGGAACCUGGCUGGGCUCUGUGCUAUUGGCUGUGUCCCACGGGUCCAGCCUCUGCCAGUGUCCUACCCACUGGCUUUGGCCCUGUGGUGGGCGUAGUGGGGAUGGGUGAAGGCAUCUUCCCCCAUCCCCCCAAAGGCUCUGAGAACUCCCCCUGAUUGUAGAAAACCCAGCAAAUAUCAACAAGGCUGGAGGGAUACAGAAAAGCAUCAAACGUAAUACUUAAAGAGUGGAUUAACUGACAUCGUUUCUAAGCAUUCAUCUGAUGUUUAGGAAUAUAAUUUGUUUAAUUUAGGAAAAUAUACCAUUGGAUUCUCAGGAAUAGACAUUAAAUAUAAAUCAAGUGGAAGUCUAAGACACAAAAAGAAAAAAGGAGGGGAAAAAAGAGAAUGUGGAAAAAGGAAAGAUUAUUAAGUAGAGAUGUAAAACUCCUCAGGUCUAUCCCAAGAGGCAACCAAUAUUCAGAAACGUCUCCUCCCCAAGCCCAGGGUGACAGUCCAAGGCUGUCCUCGGAAUAGGAAAGGAAUACUGAAUUAAAACGGAAAAUGUCUCUUAGCAGGCCCUAGUUUUAAUAUAUUUUGCUCCUUUAUUAGAAAUAUAAACAGAUGAUUACUUGUCUUUUUAUUUGUCUUUUUGCUUUUUUUUUUUUUUUAACAAAUACUUUUUGGUAGCUUGUCUGGGUUAUAUUUUGACUCAUAAAAUAACCUU